UCUCCAGGGAACUUGCGGGCCAUGUUUUCCAUAUCAGCCCGGAUCUUGUUCUGAAGUGUCGUCCCCAGUUUGACAAUGCCUUACCCGAGCAGGUGGAAGAGAUGGAAAAGAGCAGCAUUAGAAUCGAGGCCGAGAAGGCGGUAUAAAACGUCUCGAUGGAGAACCAGCACCCUAAUAUCGUGCGGUGCAUCCUCCAUACCCUGAAGGGCAUCUUUCUACACCAAAUGAAGUCUACACUUCAAGGACGGCUAGAGUCUCAGACCGCACCCAUUCCGGCCAUUGCCCAGGAACGCUGGGUUCACUGGCCCUGGCCUGACGUCGCUCCCCCAGCUCGCAUCCAGAAGCUGAUCAGGGGUGAGCUCCCGUCGACCUCGGCGGAUCAGCUGUUUGGCGGGAUGACGACGAGGUGCUGGCAUGGCGAGUAUGCCUCCGUGGCGGAUGUCCAGCAGGAUGUCCUGUCCCGGCUUGGACGGAGCGUUGCGGAGGAGGGCUGUGAGAAAAACCGGGGUUGAGGAAAUGGCUGCGCAUUAUCCGCUGUUGAGAGCGGAGUGCGAGGAGUUCCUGGCAAAGCAGAAAGCUCUUGAGUGAC